CGUUAACGGUGCGAAUUUCCGGUUUGGAGCAGCUCCUCGGCUUUAAACGGCCGACCUGCUGGCCUGAUCCGUGGAUGCGCAGCGGUGUCACACGAACCGGAUCAUGGCAUAAACAUGGCCCAUAACAGAAGCUUUUUCCUCCAAGCCCUGGACAGAACUGAGACCAGGACAGAUGGAGGCUUCAAGCACAGCUGGGGCUGUUCCCUUCCUGCUGACAGGCAAAAGGAAAAGAGCAACGAAGAGAGAGAGCUGAGCGAAGAGGACGUACAGCAGCAGCCACCCACCUCCCCUGAGGACAAGUCUUGUUCUUUCAGGAACCUCUGUUCUUCUGAUUCUUCAAGAACGCAUGAAAAUCGGUCGAACAGCCUUGUGAGACCUGGGAACAAACUGGGUCCUAAAAGACUCGAAGACGUCCCGCUUUCAACACCGAUGUCCUCCCCCGUGUCCACCAGGACAAACUACAUGAUCUUCAGACCGACGCUUCCUCAAGGAAUUGUGAUUCAGGGCCGACACUUUCAGCACGCACAGCUUCCCUUGGCCAUCAGAAAACCGCUCCAAAGAAACGAGCUGUCGUCCUCGGAGCAGGUGGUAGAAGUGGACAGCAUCGUCCUCACCUGUCCAGAGGUUCCAGCAGAGGACACUCUGAACAUUAAACGGCGAGUUCAGCAGAAGAGGAAACCAUUCGAGGACGUCUGCGUUUCUUCUCAGCUCAAAGUAACGGAGCAGCUCGUUCAGCCGAUUGUUUACCACGCGGUGUGCCGGAGGUGCAACAAGCCGAGCAGGGACAGCACCAAAUGUCUUAACUGUGGGACCGGCACCUUUCUGCUUCCCCGUCGGCUGCCCACAUCCUCGUCCCCGACCCCCAGAGCCCCCAUCAGGCCCCAACCUUCCCCCGGACCUAACAGCCUCCAGCAGAACAUUUACAAACUCAGUGCUGCUAUGAGGGAACCUCUGCCAGUACGGAUCCUGAACAGCAGGGGGACCCUGUCCCUUCUGGACAAUGGCCCUGGAACCAGGACCCCCCUGUUAGCUGGGACAUCCAGCUACUGCGAGACCGGGACCCCCACCAAAGGGAGGAGGCCAGCAGCACAGAAACAUGAGCUCAACGACCCCAUCAUUCUCUCCAGCGAUGAGGACGAUGAGGCCAACAAUGCCAAUACAGCAAGUGUCAACAGACUGGACAGCGUGUCCCCGCGACCUGCUGACUCCGCUCACUCUUCUCCAGCACCCUCGGGUGGCAAAGUGGAGACGGCGGUGAGGAGCGUCGAUGAGCAGGAGGAACUGAAUGCCGAAUUUUUCAAAAACGUCGACAUGAAGAUCACUAUACCUCGGAGAGCUCGGAUGAAAGAUCAGUUUGGGAACGAGCCUCCUGAGUCGUCUGUUCCGAGGACAAAAAGACCCAGAGUCAUGUCCAGUGGGUGCGACAGCAUCAUCCUGGAGUGCCGCAGCAUCCGGAUCGGAACUCUGCGCCGGAUUGUGAAGAAGCCCGUCGUCUUUUCUGUUGAUCACAUCCAGCUGGAAACUGAAGGCCUGGAGAGCGGCAGCAUCGAGAAGAUCUGUCUUCAGACGUCAGAGCUGAUCAGCUGCGAGUGGUGCAGCGUCCGCAAACUUCCCGUCUUGUUCUUCCAAACUACCGUGGCCGAGUGCGUCCGCCUGCGCUCGCAGCUCAGCAUGUCGAGGGAGGAGGGCGGCCAGUGGUACGACUGCACGGAGAGCCAGAUGGAUGAGAAGUACAUCGUUCUGAUCCUGGAGAACGGCCUGGUGAUGAAGGAGCAGGUGAUUCUGGAGGACAUCCUGCACGCCAUCGGCAGAACCAACAACCUGAGCACGUUCCCCACCAAGCUGACCUUCGACGAGGCCAACAUCCGCCUGGUCAACUACAACAAGGCGUCCUCACAGAAGUGGGAGAAGGCGAAGCCAGCUCAAAGUCCCCCGAAGGUUUCUCCUGCCUGCGUGCCGACACGCACACGGAUGGCCACCCGGCAGCAGACCAGCACGUUCUUCGAUGAGGAGGACGAGGACAUGACCGACCUCCAGCCCACCUUCUCUGGACCAGUUGUGAAGUUGAUGAUGUACCCCCCCCCUCCAGCCAAAGGGGGGAUAUCGGUCACUAAUGAAGACCUUCACUGCCUUAACGACGGAGAGUUCCUGAACGACGUCAUCAUAGACUUUUAUUUAAAAUAUUUAGUUUUGGAAAAAUUGAAAAAAGAAGACGCACAAAGAAUCCACGUGUUCAGCUCGUUUUUCUACAAACGUCUGAACCAGAGGGAGCGCAGGAGCGGCCCGGACACCACCAGCCUGCCGUACUUGGAGGUGGAGUGGGAGGUGCGGAAGGGCUUUCCAAGGAGCUUUGGGAAGGAGGUGAUGAGGGGCUCAAGUCCCCGGGUGCCUCAGCAGGACAACUUCAGCGACUGUGGCGUUUACGUCCUGCAGUACGUGGAGAGCUGCUUCGAGAACCCCAUCCCGAGCUUCGAGCUGCCGGUGAACCUGUCCGAGUGGUUUCCUCAGCUCAGGAUGAAGACGAAGCGUGAGGAGAUCAAAGAGCUUAUCCUGAAGAUCCAGGCCCAACAGGACCAGGGGGAGGCUCCUCCCACUUCUCUUGAGGCUCCCGAGAUCGAGGAGACGUCUGGGUCCAACGUUCAGCUGCCAAACUCACCAAUCAGCCCCUAGUGGGGGCUGAACCGGGCCAGAACCGGACUGUAUGCUGCUGGCUUCACUUUAGGGUGGUGGCUGUGAACUCCUUCGUGGAGCGUUGGACCCAAUGAGACCGGACGUGUAAAUACGCUGUCUUUGGACCGCUCAAAGACAGGAAGUGUCCUUUAAGUUAUGUUUCCACAAUGUUUCUGUGUUCUGGAGGUUCUGUUGGACUCUGGCCUCGGUGCUUUUAUGCCGUGUAGAGAAGAAUGUGGAGGUUCGUGCAGACGGUCGGUGCUGGUUGUGUCUGCUGUGUGGCCUGGACGAGUUGUCAACAAUAAAAACUAACUUUAGCUGCAAACGCAGCUCCUUCGGCUGUUGUCUGAUGAAUCCUGGACCUUGGAGCUCAUGUAGUUCUGACAUAUUUCAACCUGCCGUCACAUUUCUAACCUUUUUAUUCCGGGUUCGGCUGUUGUCCAAUGAAAUGCAACAGAAGUCCAGCUGUACAAAACAAACACUGGUGAAGAAAACAAACAAAUAAACAAAUAAACACACGAGAAUG